UUUUUGUGUGAAGCUUUUUCCCAAACUUGCUUGAGCAAGAAAGCUUAAAAGCUGAAACAGUCACAAAUCAAUAAGCAAACAACCAACUGUUGGACACAAAUCCAGAAUCCACUUACCGAAUCCCAACAUGAAUCUGGAGCAGCGCAGCUAUCUGCUGGUAACAGGCGCCUCGCGCGGCAUUGGCAGCGAGCUGGCGCUGCAGCUGUCGCGUUGCGUUAAGCCCGAGGGCUCAGUGGUGGUGCUACUGGGACGUAGUGAGCAGUGCUUGGCACAGACUAAGGCGGCCAUUUUGUCGCAGCCGGCGCAGGCAGCGCUGUCGGUGCACAGCUACUCGCUGGAGCUGGCCACAGCCAAGGCAGCGGACUUUGCGCGCAUACUGAAUGAGACGCUGCCCUCAGGUGGUGGGCAGCAGUUUGAGCGGGCCAUUGUGGUACACAAUGCAGGCAGCUUGGGUGAUACUUCAAAGCAUGCGCGUGAGAUUGGCGAUACGGAGGCGCUGGAGCAGUAUUAUCACAUCAAUUUGUUUUCGGCGCUGGCGCUGAAUGCGGAGUUCAUGCGCGUGUUUGCCAAGCAGCCCAAGCUGUUGGUCAACAUCAGCACCUUGGCGGCGUUGGAGCCGUUUCCUUCUAUGACGCACUACUGCACUGUGAAGGCGGCACGUGAAAUGUAUUUCCGAGUGCUGGCGCUAGAGGAGGGCAGCGCGUCACAAACACUGGUGCUCAACUAUGCCCCCGGCGUGGUGGACACACAGAUGACGCUGCAGGUGCAGAGCGAGUCACAUGACACGGGCUUGGCGGCGGCAUUUCGUGAGCAGCGCGAGUCCAACACCAUGCUGAAGCCGGCUCAGACGGUAGAGAAGUUACUGCAAGUGCUGCGGGCACAGAAAUUCAAGUCUGGCGAUCAUGUGGAUUACAAGGAUUAGUUUUAAAGCGUGUACUCUUCUUUUAUAUGUGUUUUUUAUUACUAAUAAAGUUGGCAUUAAAAAAA